CAUGACUUCAUGUAAUUUAUUUGCUAGCCCAAACACCCAAACACCAAACACCCAAACACACACACACCGAGAAAAUUUGAAUUCUUAUUACAAUUUAUAAUUAUGGAUUAUAAUUCUAUAUUAGAAGCUAUGGGAAGUAAUGACGAUGAUGAUAAAUUUUAUGAAAAUUUAUAUGAAGUGCUUGGAUGUUUUCCAACAAGUACAACGGAACAAAUUUCUACGGAAUACAAAAAACGUGUAUUACAUUGUCAUCCGGAUAAAGUUAUUAAUGAACGAGAUAAAAAAGAAGCCGAAGAACAAUUUCAAAAAUUAUCUACAGCAUACAACAUUCUUAAUGAUGAGAAAGAACGUAAAUAUUAUGAUAAUUGGAGAAAUGGAUCUAUUAAAAUUAGUUAUAAAAUGUGGAGAGAAUUAGUUAUUAAAAAAGGACAUGCAGUUCAUUGGCAACCGCCUCCUAAAGAAACACUUUCAAUCACAGAUAACAGCGAUAAUAGUUCAACAACUAACAGUACAGUAUCAACAUCUGCAAUGGAAAAUAAUAUACCGAUAAAUAACAAAUCAUUUUGGAAUUUUACUUCAAGUGGAAAUCGAGAUUAUUUAUAUGAAAAAUUUAGAAAUUAUGAAAUAUGAGAUUUGUAUAUUUAUUUUGUUCGAAUAAAGAGAGUAUGAUGAUAGAACUAGAACCUGUCUAGCCAUAUAA